UUAUGGAAAAACUCUCAGACAGCGUCAAUGUGUGACACAGUGACUCAGCCUGUAGGCGGCCUCUCCACCACGUCAAAAGACUUCACCAAUCUGUCUGGAGUGAAAGCAGACUGCCAGCCCAUCCUCGAGUUUCACUACACGCUUAGCCGUGACACACACACACACACACACACACACAUACACACACACACACACACACACACACACACAGAUGAGCUCUUGUCUUUGAACUGAAAACACUGAAUUUCAUGCGCUGGAUUUGAGCAACCACAGAUUCUUGCUCCAUAUGAGGAAAAAAAUUUUGAAAGCACCUUGUCUCCUCUUGAGUCUGUUCACAAGUUUGAAUCUCUGCUCUGGAAAAUUUGGGACACCGAUAACUGAUGAUGUGAGCAAGCUGUCAUUAUUGAAGCAGAAUAUCCCUUCUGAUUAUGAAAUUCCUGUUAGUUACAUUCCCAAAGAAGUGGCUGGCACUUGCUGGGUGGUAUUAAAUAUCUAUCCAUUAGAGCAAAGUCUUCGGAAGCUGGCUAAUAUGUUUGGUGCCAUCUCCUCCAACAAAGAAAACAUAAUUGUCUUCAUUGCAAUGCUGAAGAGUUUACGCUUCACCUAUGAACAUGAGGAACUGGAAACAGCGAUGCAAGUCUUCCAGUGUCACUACCAGGAAAGAAGCUUAAUGUCUGGUCUUUACUUUGACUACAUCAAAGACGUCUUACAUGCUGCCGCUCAAGAAACAUCCGGCUUCUCAUGCAAGCCGCCACCAUGCCUUAAUCCAACACCAGGGAAUCAGGAGGACGGACGUAGACACAGCUGGUCAAAGAGAACGCCCUUGCUUCUGGUUCUCAUCCCCUUCACAGCUUGUGUUGUUCUUAUAGUGUGGCUGGUCAAGUCUGGCAGGCGUUUACCAGUGUGCUACACUGAAAAUAACCAAAUGGCACCUUCUGACAUGAUCCCAAGUGUGUCUGUCUCCAUCCCACUUCAAACACUCACCCACGCUGCUGACACUCAGCCAGUGGGGGAGGCGAUCCCUGAACAUGAAAGUGGAUGAAGCGCAAUUAAUAAAGAGGAGAAGGAUAUUUCAGACAGCAGUUUAACAACUCGCUCUCCAGGUUGUUCGGUUAUUGGCAGGAGCCUGCUGGAUAAGCGAGUGUGGUCUGACACUCUGCUUUCACUCAUCCGAGUGCAUGGGCUUGAGCUAUGAGAGAAAACUCACCUGCUGUGAAGAUGGGUGUAUCAAAAAAUUCCCCAGGCAUUUCUAACACUUAACCAUCCAAAGAGAUUUCUUUUCAUACCAGAGGAAGAUCUCUCAACACAAUGGCUGGUUAUCUGCCAAAAUGGCUGGUGAAGUACUUUAAUUGUCUCGCCUUGGCCAGCGUUUAACAGCAUGUGGCUGGCCUGUUCUGAGCACACCACGUUGAUUUAUUUUGUUUUAUCCCUGUUACUCUGUACUGGUUCCAUCGCUGGAGCCACAGAUCAAAAUGAUAUCACACUGUUUGGAGGACGUCAGUUCAUUCUGAGAUGGGACUCCUGUCAUCAGCUUGUUGGCUCUGUCCUGGUGGUCAUAGAGACUGUUAUUUCACUGCUGUCGAAUUAACAGUUAAGACACUGAGUCCCAUCCUGCUCCUGUAUUCUGACUUCUGCUUAAAUGCGUAUGCCAAGAGGUACAUUCCUACCAAUACCAUCUUUAAAAAAACAACUGAAACGCAACAGCAGCUUGUCUUGUACUUGUUGACAUUAUUAUGAUCUGUGAUCUGUCACAAAUUGCAAAGCUGCUAGUCACAAACAACACGCUGAGCAGUUCAACAAGCGCCCUACUUUGUGUAUCAAAGAUCUGACCAGAUGGCAGAUAGCCAUUGCCAGAGGCACUUUCAAUCCCGUCAUUGUAUCUCAAAGCUGUUGCCCAAUGAUCUAUAGCUGCUGCUCAGCCACAGUGAGUGUGUUAGAGUUUUUAAUGCCUUAUUCACUGAGUCAAUCAUGUUCAGUCAUGAGAACAUGACUCCCCGAGUGUGAGUGCUAUAGUACUGUAUGUGUCAGGGAGAGGGAGCGAGAGACAGGACAGGCAGGAUGACAGAAAGUGAGGGAGAUAGGGAUAGAUAGAUGGAUGGACGGAUGAGCUCAGCGAGAAGCAUAAGGAGGGCUUGUUCUCGUCACAAAAGAACUGGCCGUAGGCUGGAGGAAAUGCCAGUUUCAAACACGACUGAUGUCGGCAGAUCCCUAUGAAUCAACAGGCAAAGAAUCUUUCCAGACCACAGGCUAUGUAGUCUCAUCUACAGAGGAUGGUUAGUAUUCCAAUAACAAUUUUCUGUAUUCAAAUGAUUUACUUCCAAAACAAAUCAAUGAAAUGUGGAAAGAUGUACCUUUAUUAAAAUGUUUUCCUGUUGGCGACAAACUCUACAAAUUAUACUGUUGUUUAUUUUCAUUUUAAUGACCAAUUUAUAUGAUUUUCUUUCUUUUUUUGUGAAAGUGUGUAUUUGUACUGUAUGUGAAAUAUUUAAGUUAUUUUGUUACAAGAUAAACCACUUACCAAAUUGAAUUAACAUUUUCCACAAGAUUGUAUUUUUUAAAUGAUUUUCAUUCCAGUCAAGAAUGUGAAGAAAGUAGACAAAAUACUGUGAACACUCAGGGAAAAUACAAUAUCACUGUGAAGUAACUCUGAAGUACAUAAAUCAUCAGGGCAAAUACUUCUACAACGGUGGGUUAUAUUUACUUGGAUGCCAAUAGAUACAUUCAUCCAACCCCCUCAACCCCCCACCCCUCUCUCUUUCCCUCCCUGAUUUCUGUGGCUUUCUUUUAAAUAUUUCUGUUUCUUUCUCCUGCAACAUGGGCAAAGAGUUUGCCAUCUUUAUCUGUUUACCUCCUGAUAUUAUUUUGAAAACUCACAUAAAAGUGACAAAGUGUUAUCAGGUGUUUUAUAACUCGCUAAUUGGUAUUCAUAUGACCCACACUUGGAACAGUUGAUAACAGUGAUUUGGUCACUUUCCUCUUUUAUGAAAUGUUAACAUUAUUUUGUCUACUCUCUAUGAGCAAAAUGAUACUGACAGUGUUAUAUGUAUAUUUUGUAAGUAUGUGUCAAUAAUAUAAAAUAUAGAAAGGGUCAUGUUAUUAUUGUUGGAAAAACAGUGGAACACAGCAAACAGUUCAACUUCUGAAAGACAUGUGGACUUAAUAAAAUGCCUCUUUGAAGUGAAAUAUUUGGACUUUGUAAUUUAUAAGGAUGUCAGAACUGAACAGAGAUCAUGAGUUCAACAAGAGCAUUGUCAGGUCAUCUGCUCAGGCCUACCUGACCUUUGAUGUAAUUUCAAAGAGACACAAAUUCACUGAUAGAAUUUUUUCAUUACAAUGGUUAUUGAUUGCACAAAUAGUAGUGGCAUUAAUAAAAAUGUUUUGGUGAUUAAAUUUUUAAUAAUAAAACUGUGUUUGUGGUU